AUGGACGAGCCCCGCGUAGAGGACAUGCGCGACUCGCCGCGGCGCAAGCGUGCCGCCUCGCCCGACUCGGCGUCCAAGCGGCGCACACAGACGCCGACAGCGUCUGGCUCUGGCUCCAGCUCUCGAGACGUCUCGCCGCCCUCCCCCUCUCCAGCCCAGGAGGCCUUCUUCUCUGCAACCGACGCAAGCCCCAGCAGCUCCCGCAGCACCGACACGAUGGCGAUGGACUAUGAGCUGCCUCCCCGCUCCUAUGUGCCUUACGCCCAGGGCCGAAACCCGUACAGUGUCAACGGGGGACGGUACGAGUCGAACAGCGAGGUGCACGAGCGUCUGGCGGGAUGGAGCAUGAACGAACUGGGCAGCUUGGAUCCGCACACCGGCCCUCCGCCUAGGUGGAAUCCGACCGCCGCACCCCGCAGGGAGAGCAUGUACGCUGCCUCCUCGCCUCAGGCAGUGCGUGAUGCGCUCUUCGCUGCGCGCGCCGAGCGUGCCGAGCGCCUCAGCGCUGAGCGCCCCUACCUGAGCCGUUAUGAGCCUCCCCGCAGGCGGAACCCCGAGGUUCUCGACCCGGCGUCCUUGUUCGAGGCGGGGCCCAGCAGCCUCGCGGGGGCCAGCGGACCGAGCUCUGGGUCCGAGAGCGGCUCCUCCGGCCUCGCGUCGAGCAGCAGCUUCGAGCCCAACUGGGACAUGACCGGGGUGUAUACCCGGCGCACUGGCCCGCCUCCGGCGCCCUCAACGGGCUCGAACGCGCGCUCGAACCUGGCAGCGGCACAGGCCCGCCUCCGCGCCGAGCGUCUCGCCGCCUUCGAGCGCAGGAUCUACGCCGAGCCUCCCCCUCCCGCAUCUGAGGUCGCUGCUCGCUCCCGCUUGCCCCCCAACACACUCGGGCACGCAUCGCACGGCCACGCACAUGGAUCCCACUACAACCCCGCCGCGACGCCGUUCGGCUCCGCCCUCGAACGGGGAUACUACGCCUACGCCCACGCCCGCGGCGACCCGUACACUUUGAUCGCGCGACGAGAGAAGCGGCAGGCGGCGCGGGACGCGCUCGACGCAGUGUCGAGGCUGGCGACGGAGGAGCGGCGCCGCCUCGCCGAGAAAGUGCUCCAGAAGGUCGUCUACUCCGAGCUGUGCGCGCACGUCAACGCUCCUUCUGCCGCUGCUACGUCCACCUCGGAGCCGGAGACAGUGUCCGGUGGCAUGAUGGACAACCUCGAGCUCCCCGACGCCCCCGCCAAGACCAUCACAUGGGACGCCGAAGUGGAGACCGCCUGCGCCAUCUGCCAGGACGACUAUGAUCCCGCCGACGAAUCAGUGCUCACGCCCUGCGGACACAUGUACCACUCGUCGUGUCUUGGGACGUGGCUCGCGCGCAGCAAUCCCGCAGCGAGCACCUGUCCCAUGUGUCGCAGGGACUUGGCGUGUCUCGCCGUCCUGAGGAGGAUGAGCGAUGAGGGCGAGGCGAAGAGGCUCUGGGUCUCGGUCGGCGAUGAGGGGGAGCGUGGGGGGUGGAUCUGA